UCCUGCAAUGGAGACACACUCGGCAGCUGUCAGAGCAGGGAUUAUUAAGGAAGUGAAAAGCAUUGUGGAGCAAGCCUUGAAACUGUACAGCGCUGACAGGGUUGGAUUGGUGGAUUAUGCACUGGAAUCUGCUGGUGGCAGUGUGAUCCACACACGCUGCACAGAGACGUUAGAGACCAAGACUGCUCUUCUUAGUCUGUUUGGCUUUCCACUGUGGUACCAAUCUCGGUCACCCAGAGCUGUCAUUCGGCCGGAGGUUCAUCCUGGGAACUGUUGGCCAUUUAAAGGUUCCCAAGGCUUUGUUGUCAUCGAGCUUGCUGUCCGGAUCAGGCCUACAGCCUUUACCCUAGAGCACAUUCCCAGAUCCAUUUCUCCUAGUGGAUCAAUUAGAAGUGCCCCUCAAGACUUCUCUGUUUAUGGCUUGGAUGAUGAAAAUCAAGCCGAAGGGGUCCUAUUGGGACAAUACACGUAUAAUGAGGAAGGGGAUUCCAUCCAGACGUUUGAGGUGCAGGUAUGGAAGUGCAUAAAGGAUCAUUGAUUCUUUGUUGGAACAAUCCUAUAACCUUGGCCUUUUCCUGUAAGCUUUUAUUUUCCUUUGCAUCAAAUAUUUAUCUAUCUUUUACAAAAAUAUACU